AUGCCUUGUUUGCAGUUGAUUCGUCGUCGGAAGAAGAAGAAAGAAGUGGAAAAUGAGAGGAUGAAGGGAGCUAAAAAUGAAGAAGAAAACGAGAAUGAAGAGGAUGAACAAGUCGAAAGUUCAUCAAUUGGAUGUUCUCCAUUAACAAGAAGACGAAGAAAAUCAGCCGCUGUCGCUUGCCAGGAAAUUAAUUUUGAUCCAUUCCAUCGUGUUUCGCAUGAAAAUUAG